UCUUUUCUCCGUGCCAUUAGAUGCCCAGGUUUAGUGUGUCAUUGGUUACAGCACAGAGUUGGCGUUAAUUCAAAGGGAAUGUUGAGAAAUGCAGUCCAUAUGAUGGCACUAUAAAAUCUAGCGCGGACCACAACCAAAGAUCAAGAUCGCUUUGGGACGCCAACACGCCAACAUCAGUCGCAGCGCCUGCAGUGGUCCAUAACGUUGAGGAUUUACAAGUUACAAGUUGCCUGAAGUGGGAGGUGCUGUUGAAUUUGAUAUGAAUAUUCUGUGUCAUAUUAUGUACCUGCUUCUGCUGGGAGUCAUUUCUUGCCAGAACAACCGAAAUGCAAAGCCAAGUGGAAAAGCUCAGAAAAAGGUUAACAGCCAGGUGAUAGAGACAUCUCACCAUGGCCAUGAAGAUGAUACACAACCUGGGCCGGCAGGUGCUGCCGAUUCCAAUAAAGAGACAAACCCUGGAGGUCGUGGCACAGCCCAACAAAGCGCAUCUCCCAAUAAGCCUGCAGAUGAAAUGAAGCUGUACUUUCUUAAGAACACAUUGGUGACAUGCAAUGACGGUACCGCUGCUGGGUUUUACCUAAAGGAGUUCAAAGGAAGCAAGAGAUGGCUGAUAUUUUUGGAAGGUGGCUGGUGCUGCUACAACAAAGAGACGUGCGAUUCUAGAUACAAAACUGUUCCCCGCCUCAUGAGCUCAACAGAUUGGCCACAAACACGCAAAGGAAGUGGUAUACUUUCAGCACAAUCUGAUGAAAAUCCUCACUGGUAUAAUGCUAAUAUUGUGUUUGUUCCUUACUGUUCAAGCGAUGUAUGGAGUGGAAACAAAGCAGCUUCAAAGCCUAAACAGGGGAAAGAAACGGAAUACACUUUUAUGGGAUCUCUGAUUAUUCGGGAGGUGAUCAAGGAUCUUGUGAUGAAAGGUUUAAAACAAGCCAAAGUUGUGAUGUUGGCAGGGACCAGUGCUGGAGGAACAGGUGUGCUCCUGAACAUCGAUAAGGUGUCCAGUCUCCUAGAGCAGCUGGGUGCAGAUGCACAGGUGCGAGGUCUUGUCGACUCAGGCUGGUUUCUGGAAAGCAAACAGCAAAAAUCUCCCGACUGUCCCAGCGGCGCAUCUUGUACACCUGUUGAUGCCAUAAAAAAAGGACUUAGGUUCUGGAAUGGUGUUGUACCUGACAAGUGCAAGCAGCAGUAUAAAAGAAGCGAAGAUUGGCAAUGUUUUUUCGGACACAAACUGUACUCCUACAUAACCGCUCCGCUGUUUGUGGUGCAAUGGUUGUUCGAUGAGGAACAGUUACGUCUGGAGAAUAUUUAUAUUGGAGGUCAGUCACUUGCCGAACAACAGUGGACUUACAUGCAGAAUCUGGGAAAGGAGCUAAAAAACUCACUCAAAGAUGUUACAGCUGUGUUUGCCCCAUCCUGCCUUUCCCACACAUUGAUAACCAAAAGUAACUGGAUGGAUUUCCAGAUCAAGGGAACGUCUCUGUCUCGUGCUCUGCAGUGCUGGGACAGAAGUCUUCAGGAGGCCAAUAGGAACAGCAAAACCGCUUUAAAAGGCUGCCCAUUUCAUCUCAUAGAUAACUGCCAAUGGCCACAGUGCAAUCCAACCUGCCCAGCACUGAUUGAUCAGGCCACACAACAGGAGAUGACUCUUCUCCAGGUACUGGCCAGUAUGGGUUUGGACCUCAAAAAGCUUGGAUUGGAUGGAGGAGAAGAUAUUUCCGCCGGGAUGGUCAGCAAUGGUGGCUAAAUCGUUUAAAAAGCAGUGUUUUCGUCGACACAAUUCACAUCAUCCAUUCUUUAGAGAUUGUUCAGUGGUUUUCUUUGCGACCACUUUGCAUUCUGUUACGGACCUGGCACGCCUCUCUAGCAUGUUGCCGGAUUUCAGUAGAGACAGUUUGCCAUUCAAAUCGUGUUCGGGAAUCACCUGGGGUUUUCUUAUGUGAGAGACUCUAACGGUCCAAGUGCCUAUAGUAAAACAGUAAUCAAUGGUUAUCACUAUAACUAAUCUACUUCUUCAGUAAGAGAACUAGGUCUGAAUUAAACACUGUCUGAUAAGACUUUAAACUACUUUAAAGUUUCAAUUACAAAGUUUAAUUACAAAAAUGCUUUUGAAGGGAUACUUCUCUUUUUAUCACAUUUUUGGAAAAUCGAGUUACGUAAAAGAAAUUUGAAUACAUAAUUGCAUCUAAAGCUUUACAGACAAGACAUCACAGUUUUUACAUAAUCAUGUCUGCAAGCAAUACUAACACAAUUUUGUAUUAUAUUUAACACAUGCAUGUUAUUUUAGGAUGCUGUAGUCCAUUUUGCAGAUGAGAGUGAUUGGAAAGUUGACAUGCAGUGAUGGUUAAAAUGAUUUUUUGCCUUGUAUAGGAAAUGUGUGAUUAAAAUAUUUGUAAAAUAUUGAUAGCCAUCCUUAAAUGCCCCAUUACAAACUAUGCCAUCAUACCAAACUAUAUUGUUAUACUUCCUACCGAUUUUCAUGAAAUGUAAUAUCUAGUUUAUUUGACAUGUGUAGUUGGUUUGACUUAUCUAGAAAACUAAUAAAAGAACAAUUAAACUUU